CUAUGGACUUUAAGCGAACAAAUAUAUAACGCAUUUCAAGAUCCAGACCCUAAUAACCAUUCUCUUUUUGAAUACACAACUCAAAACACUACAAAAGGAUAUUUUAAUAUAAAAACUUGUUAUCAACAUGGAAUUCAACAUAUGCAAGACCUUCUUGUGGAAGAGGUUUAUUUAACUAAACAAAAAAAAUCAAAAGGAAGAGGAGUUAGAAACUUAGAAAAAGAUAUCGUAGCGGCCUUAAACCAACAAAAAAAAAAUGAAGAAAUACUCAAAAUGAAGAUAAUACUUAAA